CCCACCUCUGGCUGGAUAUCAAACAAUCACCAAAACGGCUCCCAGCCUAGAUUUGACGUGCGACAUCUAUUCUCGCCAGAUCCACCACCCUCCCUUGGGUUCGUAGAGAUGGAGCUCGUCAGAGCUGCAAGUGGGCUCUUCCCCGACGUGCUGCUCGCCGUCGAGCAGUUGCGAGAGACCAACUCCAACAGAGAGACCCGCACAUUCGCGCGUCGGGUGGCCAACGAGAAGAUCAUCUACGACCAGUUCGCAAGGCGUCUAGCACUGCUUUCCCCGCUUCCAUCCGUCUCACAAGGGCUCAUGGUCGAUGUCGAAGAGAAAAUAGGACCAGAUGGUGUUCAGGAGCUGCGCCGUGACCUUGAACUCAUGAAUGACUUUCUCCGGGGGCUCAAGGCUGACCUCUUCAAUGCCAGCCGUGGCACGUUUUAGCAAAAUUGGGCCGUAAAACGUCCCCGCUCAAGGGUCCGGCUGCAUCCAGUCCACUCCAGAAAAGCCUCUCGGAUGUGUCCCAGGCAAACAAACGCUUGUCAGCUUACCUUCUCCAGCCGCUGGUCUCACUACCUACUGAGCGGGAUCUGAAGUCACCUCUCGAAGUCAAAAUCUUGGUCG